AUGGUAAAAUUUUCUGGCAAUUUCCAUAAAGACAUUGACAUCACUUGGGGUGAGCAUCAUGCAAAGAUACUAGGAAGCAAAGCGCUAGUCCUUUCUCUUGACCAGUCCUCUGGCUCUAGCUUCAGAUCCAAGCCAGAAUAUCUGUUUGGGAGAACAGACAUGCAGCUUAAACUUGUCUCUGGUAACUCAGCUGGCACAGUCACUGCAUAUUAUUUAUCUUCUGAAGGGCCAAAUCAUGAUGAGAUAGAUUUUGAGUUCUUGGGAAAUAUCAGUGGAGAGCCUUACAUAGUCCAUACCAAUGUCUACACCCAAGGCAUAGGGAAUAGAGAACAACAGUUCUACCUUUGGUUUGACCCAACAAAAAAUUUCCACACCUAUACUAUUGUGUGGAAGCCUCAACGCAUCAUUUUCUUGGUAGAUAACAUUCCUAUUAGAAUGUUCAACAACUAUGAAGGGAGGGGAGUUCCAUUUCCUAGCAGGCAGCCCAUGAGGCUAUACCCCAGCUUGUGGUGUGCAGAUCAGUGGGCAACUAGAGGAGGACUUGUGAAAACCAAUUGGUCUUUUGCUCCUUUCAGAGCUUACUACAGGAACUUUGAUGCUAAAGCAAGUAUUUGGUGUAAAGGCUCAUCCUCUUGUAAUUCAAACUCAGCUACCAUGAGUGACAAUAGUUGGCAAGCUCAAGCUGAUGGUAAUGGUAGAAGAAGUCUGAGAUGGGUGCAAAAGUAUUACAUGAUUUAUGAUUACUGCAAUGAUUACAACCGAUUUCCCCAAGGCAGAAAUCGUGAAUGCAGGCUUUCUAGAUGA